AUGUCCCGAAUCAGUUCAGACUUCAUGGUCAUUUUGGCUUUGGGAAAAUCCAGAACCCGCACAGUGCCCGAUCCCAUGAAUAAGCCUGGCAAAAGGCAGGCAGGCUGGAGAGAGCCACAGAGCAGGCCUGGACCCAAGAGCAGUGAGCUGGAUCCCACCCCUGACACCAUAAGCAGUGUGAGUGCACAAGUGGGUGACCUGAGCCCAUGCCCAGAGAAGUCACUGGCCCAGUUCCAGGCUAACAUUCAGGAGGUGCUGUCCACCCUGCCCAGAUCUGAUGAUUUCUUCCUCCUGCGCUGGCUCGGAGGUGAGGUGGAGAGUGGGGUGGGCCUCCAAGCCAGGCAGGACUGGCUGCAGCAUCUGUGGAAAGCAGGAGUGGAGUUUGUCCGAGAGUUUUUCUCGGCACUUGAGGCAAAUUACUCUGCGUUCCUGAAGCACUUAAUUGUGGUGAAAGCCCCCUGCCUGUUCGCCGUGGCCUUCAACCUGGUCAAGUCCUAUGUGAGUGAAACCCGCAGGAAGGCGGUGGUGCUGGGAGACAACUGGAAGCAGGAGCUGACGAAGUUCAUCAGCCCUGACCAGCUGCCCGUGGAGUUUGGGGGUACCAUGACCAAACCCGACGGCAACUCCAAGUGCCUGAGCAAGAUCAACUAUGGAGGCGAGUUACCCAGGACCUACUACCUGCGAGAGCAGGUGAGGAUGCAGUACGACCACAAGGUGUCUGUGGGCUGCGGCUCCUCCCAGCAGGUGGAGAGCGAGAUCCUGUUCCCGGGCUGUGUGCUCAGGUGGCAGUUUGCAUCGGACGGUGGGGACAUCGGCUUUGGGGUUUUCCUGAAGACGAAGAUAGGGGGGCGGCAGAGAGCUGGGGAGAUGACGGAGGUGCUGCCCAGCCAGCGCUGCAAUGCCCAUAUGGUGCUGGAGGACGGGAGCCUCACCUGCCUCAAGGCCGGCGGCUACAACACCUACAGCCCGGUUCAUUCCAAGCACAUCAGCUACACCGUGGAAGUGUUACUCUCAGACCAAGCCUUAAUGGAAAAGGUGGAGAAAUUCCAGACAAACCGUUUGGCUCUAUACCCUUCUCUGUAACCUCUGGAUCCACAG